AUGGCCGACCCUGCGCCGGAGAGCCUGUCAACCAAAACUUCUAAUGUCGAGGCAAGUAGCGCCCAGUCGUCAGAGGGGGGAGGCGAGAAAGAAGCCAGCCUAGCACCGCCUUCUGGUCCUUCGGUCCCCCCUCCUCCCAAUGGCGGUCUCAAAGCAUGGCUGCAGGUGGUGGGAAGCUUCCUGCUUAUUCUGAAUACUUGGGGGCUUGCAAACUCAUUCGGCGUCUUCCAAACCUACUACACCACUACACUCCUCGCCACGUCCACUCCAUCCGCCAUCUCAUGGAUCGGCUCCAUCCAGGGCUUUCUGCUGCUGUUCGUUGGGGUUCUGUGCGGGCGUGCAUUCGAUGCUGGGUAUUUCUUCCCGAUGGUCUCGCUGGGCAUCUUUUUGGAGGUGUUUGGAAUGUUCAUGACCUCCUUGAGCACCAGGUACUACCAGGUCUUCCUCGCCCAAGGGAUUUGCGUUGGUCUUGGAUCUGGAUGCCUGUUCACACCCGCGAUCUCGCUUGUCGGGACGUACUUUUCGACCCGACGCAGUUUGGCGACUGGAAUCGCCGCCAGCGGAAGCAGCGCUGGCGGGAUUUUCUAUCCUAUCGUCAUCCGGCGGUUGAUUGUGCAGGUCGGGUUUCCCUGGGCCGCUCGCGCCAUGGCAUUCAUCAUGCUGGGCACUCUGGGACUUGGAAUUGCGUUGCUCAGACCACGAUUGCCGCCUCGUCGAUCCGGCCCUUUGGCAGACUUUGCAGCCUUCAAGGACCCGGCCUACGCGACUUUUGUCAUCGGCCUGGCUCUUGGAUUCACCGCAUUCUUCAUCCCUUUCUUCUACUCGGAGAUCUAUGCCCUCAAUAUCGGAGUCGAGUCGGAGCUGUCGUUCUAUAUCCUGUGCAUAAUGAACGCUGGAGGCUUGAUCGGGCGAAUGUUGCCGAAUGCCAUUGCAGACAAACUCGGAAACCUGAACGUCAUCGUCCCCUGCGCCUACAUAUCUGGGAUCAUCGUCCUGGCCUGGGUGUCAGUGAAAGACCAAGCCAGUCUCAUCGCCACCUCCUUCCUCUACUCCUUCUUCUCGGGAGGAUUGAUGGCGCUACCGCCGGCCAUUCUCGUUGGUUUAAGCCCACACCUCAGUCAGAUCGGCGUGCGAGUUGGCAUGGCUCUCAGCGUUGGGUCAUUAGGCGUCCUGAUCGGAUCGCCCAUUGCGGGAGCCAUACUGUCCAGCCAGAGUCCUCAUUCGCCAGAGCGGUCGGACUUUUCGGGAACUCUGGUCUUUACGGGCGUUAUUCUAAUUGCGACCGGUGCGUUUAUGCAUGCAACUCGGUUCGUUAAGCAUGGGCUUAAGUGGGGGAAGAUCUGA